AUGAAAGAAAUAUUUCUGUUCCCUUUAAUUAAAAUUCUUACAUUUAGUGCCUUAGUAUGGAUAUCUCCCAACUCUUAUAGGUCAGCUAUUUCGGGGGAAUUAUGGGAGAACAGAAUAGGUUUAUAUGACAAGUUAGAGCUAAGGAAUAGCAGGUUAUUAAGUGAAAGGUGGAAGCAAUAUAGACAUGAAAGAAAUGUUAACUUAAAAGAAAGAAAACAUAAUAUGCUAAAAGAUGAGGAUCAUUAUGACGAAAGAUUCCCAAGUAGUAUGAGGAAUAAACCUAAUCCUCGGGAACACAUGGAUAAUCCAGGAUUUAGUGAGAAAACUGAUAAAUUAACAUCCAGAAGUAAAUAUGGUAAUCAUUUUGGAAGAAGAAAAGAUAAAAUAGCAAAUGAAAAAAUUCAUAGAACUUCAAAGGGGAAUUCUGAAAUAGAUGAAGAUGAUAAUUAUCUUAAAGAGCCGGAGGACGGUUACUAUAUGAGAGAAGGAAAUGUUGAAUAUGGAGGAGGAAAUAAAGAACAUAAAAAACCACCAAAUAAUAAUGUUCAUGGAAUACAGAGUAAAUCCGGAAUGAAUAAUAAAAAUUUGGAGAAACUUCCCCGACCACCAAAUGAGAACGUUCCUUACACAUUGGAAUACUACCAUUAUAGCAAAGUAAAGAGAGGUGUAAUGGAGAAGUUCGUAAAUGCACUUAAAAAAAUGGAUGUACAAUUUCAAUUAAAAUUUAUGCGUUACAUGAAAGCGAGGAAUUAUUCUGCGGAACGUGAAUUUUUGGAACUUCGAAGUAGGAAAGAAGUAAUUUCUUAUUAUUUUAGGAGGUACAAAAUAAUGUUGCCACUUAUAAUGCAAACUGUCAUUUUUUCGAUAUUCUUAGGGUUGACACUUACAACUAGUGCAGUCGGUCCAAUGUUCAUAAUGUCUUGUAUUACGGGUGAAUUGCUCUUGAAUUUGUCUUACUAUUAUUUAAAAGCAUAUAUUAGAAUAAGAAAAAUUCACAGAAAUUUCAGACAGCACGGUGUUAAAAUUAAAGAAUGA